AUGAUGAUGUACACGGGAACCAGUACUGAGCAAGACACACGCUUCAGUGACAAGGAGAAAAAGCUGAUGAAGCAGAUGAAAUUUGGAGAUUGCUUGACUCAACAGGUGGACAUGUCUAAGGUGAAACUGGACGUGCUGAAGCCAUGGAUCACUCAGAAGAUCACUGAAAUACUCAAGAUGGAAGAUGACGUAGUCAUUGAUUAUGUCAACAAUCAGCUCGAGGAGAAGUUUCCUUGUCCAAAGAAAAUGCAGAUCAAUUUGACGGGAUUUCUGAAUGGCAAGAACGCGCGGCUUUUCAUGGGCGAGUUGUGGGAGUUGCUGCUUAGUGCCCAGGCCAGUGAGAAUGGGAUACCGGAGUCAUUCACGCAGCAGAAAAAAGAAGAGAUUAAGAAAAGAAUGGAGGAGCAAAAAGACAAGGAGAAGGAUCGGCGUCGGUCGCGGUCCCGCUCACGCAGCCGCCGCCGUUCCCGCGAACGUCGCCGCUCGCGCUCCAGGACACGUGAUCAUUCCGGUGAUAGGAAACAUCGCAACGGGGGAAGUCCGCGCCGAUCCAGACGACGCAGCCGAGAGAAGAGCCAGCCCAAGACUACUACUACUACUACUACCACUACUAAUGUUGACGAUAUUAAGCUUCCGGAACCUAAAGAAAAUGGCAAAUCACCAGAGAAUAAAGAAGAAAAGGAAAAACCUGAAGAAGAGAACCAUGAUUCUACAACAGAAGUGGUAAAGGAGAAUAAUGCAGAGGAGACAUCCAAAGAAGCAAAGAUAGAAGAAGAUGGUCACAAAUCUAGAUCUGUGUCUCCAGCUAAGGUGACUGGUGGUGGUGAGAAAGAAGCUGAGGAGAAACCUCUGGAAAAAACUCGACAAUCUUCAAGUGAACGUCGUUCAUCGUCUGCUUCAUCUCCGGUCAACACUGGGGAACACUGGGUACCGACCACUAACGGCAGUGCAAAGAAAAGAUCUUCGCAUAAGAAACGCCAAUAUCGCUCCAACCGCGAUUCCUCUGGUAGUGCCAGUCCAAGACGCAGUUCGCGCAGAGAAAGGAGCAAGUCUCGGCGCCGCAGCCGUCGUAGAUCCCCGGAUCGUCGUGAAAGGGAACGUGAACGCGAACGCGAACGAGAACGUGAGAGGGAACGUCGCCGACGUGAAAGAGACAGACGAGAAAGGUCCCGAGAGCGUCGUCGAUCGCUUGAAAGACGCAGACGUUCGCGUUCACGCUCUCGACGACGUUCAAGAGACAGAUCGCGAGACCGGCGCCGCUCCCGUUCCCGCAGACGUUCGCGUUCGCACCGACGUUCUGGUAGACGCUCGCGUGACCGACGCUCCAGGGACCGACGUUCGAGAGACCGCCGCUCUAGGGAUAGGUCCAGGGACAGGAAAUCACGAGAUCGUACAAGAGACAGGAGGUCUAAGGAUAGAAAAUCUCGCGAUAGAAGGUCCAGUGAUAUUAUUAAGGAGCGAUUGGAAAAAUCUGUGUCCAUACCAAGGAAAGAAAACCUUGAAAAGUUACACAAACCAGUUGAACGUAACUCCAUUCCACCGGAACGCACGAAAGACCAUGCUUCGAGUUCUAGUAGGGAAUCAUCUGUGGCAAACGAUAAAUCUACUGCAGUGAAUGAAAGUCAAGCUAAACCAGUAGCUCAAUCAUCUGAUGACGAUGACAGAGAAGAUUUUAUACCUAUACCCACCUUAAGAGAAUAUUCUAAAAGUUUAUCUCGAACACCUUCGCCUUUCCUAAGAAAACAUGAAAUUGAAAGCAAUAAAAAAUCUGAUAGAUCAGCUGACGAUGCAUCAGGGAAAGAACAGAAUGAUGAAGACAAAACACAAGAAAUGAAAAAAAUGAAAAGAAAAGCUCAUCAAUCAGAUAGCGAAAGUGAAAGCAGUGAAGAAGUUAACAAAGCUAAAAGUAAGGCAAAACUUAAGCGCAAAGAAAAAACUACCUCAAAAAGAGCUAAGAAGACCAAAAAAGAAAGUUCAUCGAGUGAUAGCGAUUCAGAAGAUUCAUCUUCUAGUGACUCGGAAGAAGAUAGAAAGAAAAAAAGCAAGAGAAGCGCCAAAAAGAAAUUGGCAAAAAAAUCUAAAAAGAAGCGAGCUCGGUCUACAAGCUCAGAAUCGAGUUCAGAGGAAGAAGUCAAACACAAGAGUUCAAAAACAAAACAUAAGAACAUUCCUGAAGAGUCGGACAGCGAGAAAAAGUCGAAGAAGCGAAGCAAAGAUACGAGUAUUGAGCACUCUAAAGAGAAAAUUGAAAGUAAACAAACAAAGUCAAAGAAAGCUGAAAAUUCCGAAGAUUCUCGCGAUGACAGUUCAGAUAGUGACACAAAGUCCAGUAAAAAGAAAACUGUAAAACAUGAUUCUAGCAGUUCAGAAAAAGAAAUAAGACGCAAGAAAGCUGAAUCUAUAAAAGAAAAAGCUGUUUCUCCUGAUAAUGCAAAAUCUCGAAAAGGUGAAGAAAAAGCUGCUAAAACAAAGCAUUCAGAUGAAACCAAGUCUAAAUCUCGGGAAGAUAGUGAAAAGAAAGGUAAAAAACGCGAAAAAGAAGAUUCUUCUUCCGAUAGUGAUCAGGUGUCGAAGAAGAAAGCUAGAAAAAAGGUUUCAGACUCUGAAUCUGACUCAGAUAGUGAUGAACCUAAGAAAUCCAAGAAAUCAAAGAAACACAAGAAACAUUCAAAGAAACAUAAGAAACACAAAAAACAUAAGAAAGCGUCAAAAAAGAAGGACGACUCUUCUGAUAGUGAAGAAGCGGAAGACGAUGAAGAAGAAGUUCCGAUAGGUUCCGGCUUUACUACGCGUUACGUCGAGCGCGUGCGCCACACCCUGUGA